GAGAUUUCUUACUAGAUGUAUAUAUAUUGCCACCUUACGACUUAAAAUAUUCGCAGUUCAAGUUGUCAUUAUUCAGUGUAACGGCAAAGCUGCAAAACUGUGCGUUCCCAUCAAUUGUGACUAAUUGGAUCUUCAAGAGUCUCAAAAAAUUUAUUCGCAUUACAUUCCUUAUUGCGCCCUUUUGCGGAAAUAAUGACGUCAGAAGAAGGAUCUCUGUCAGAUGGUGUCAGGAACCUAGAAACAACCGGAGAACAAGGUGUUUCGUCUUUGAUCAAAAUAGAUAGAAGCAAGAUUUUAGGGGCAGGGAGUUGCGGAAUCGUUUUCGAUGGAACCUGGAACGGAAAAAAAGUUGCCGUCAAGCGAGUUCAAAUAGCAAACACCGAAAGCAGCAAACCAGAAGAAGAAGCUCUGCAAAAACUUGAUCAUCCAAAUGUUAUCAAACUUUUUCACGUUCAAAGUGAUGAAGAUUUCAGAUUUUAUGCGCUGGAACUUUGCCAAGCAUCAUUAAAUCAUCUGUUUUUGAAAGAAGAUGACACGAAAAAAUAUCGUGGUCCCAUGCCUUCAGAAAAAGAAGUUUUCCUUCAGUUGGCCACGGGAUUGGCACAUAUUCAUGAAACGGGAUUGAUCCAUCGAGAUCUCAAACCUCAAAAUGUCCUCAUUCAUGUGGAUAACGGAGAAAAAGUCCAACUGAAAUGGGCCGAUUUCGGACUGAGCAAACCCGUCAACGAAAACGGAAGUUGCUCAAUGAGCGGAAUCAACAGGGGGACUGAUAGUUGGUAUGCCCCUGAAAUACUAAAGAUAACAGCGGAACAAGAUGAAGGUAAACUUGAAAAGAAGAAAGAGAAAAAAGAAAAGAAGGAAAAAAAGGACAAAGAUAUCGAAAAUAAUAGUGAAGAGAAAGAUGCUAAAAAAGAGAAGAAGGAGAAAAAAGAGAAAAAGAAAGAUAAAAAAGAAGAGAAAGGUGUCAAUGAUGUUGGAGUAAUUUCAUCACGCCUGAGAGCAACCGUCAAGAGUGACGUCUUUGGGGAAGGCCUCAUCUUCGGCUACUUUCUUUUGGGUGGUGUUCAUCCCUUUGGAUCAAAAUCGCACGAAAUAACCUCCAACAUUCUCAAUGAUAAACCAGUACAUCUGAAAGAAAUAAAAAAGCAGCAACAACCCAUUCACGACAUAAUUAUGGAAAUGUUGAAGAACAAUCCCGAUGAGCGAAUUUCAUCGUCCGAAGUCGUCUCGAGAAUAACCAACAUUUGAAAAAUAAUGGCAAGAAGAAUUUAUUCGCAAAAACAAUUGAUAACAGAACAAUUGUGAAUUUUCGAAUAUUAAUAUGUAAACUUCCAACUUUAUUAUAAGCAAAUAAAUUUGACUGCAUUA